GAACCCGUAGAUUUCAGCGCGAUCAGUGUCCCCUAACAUUUAUUAUUCAAUCGCCGUGGUGUAGUCUGCUCAUCCCACGUUUCUGUAAACAAAAAGAUAUCGGUCGGGAUUUUUAGUGAUGAUGCAAACGGCCAGAGUAAUCUGUUCCAGUAAUUACAGCGUCCUUACAUGUUGUCUGAGACAAAACAUAUUAAGGCAUGGUGCUGCUGUUAACUUGAUUCCACAUCAACAUCGAUUUUUAAGUGCUGAAGCGGCGUUGUCAACACCCACUGCUGAUGGAGCACCUAAGGUAUAUCCAGAAAAAAUACAGAAUAUUGUGUCACAGAUCACCCAGCUGACUGUUUUAGAAGUGGCGGACUUGAAUGACUUAUUAAAGAAAACGCUUAACAUAUCUGAUGCUCCUGUCAUGGCAUUUGGAGCUGCUAUGCCAGGAGCAGCUGCCCCAGCACAGGAGGAAGAUGAGGAGGCAGUGGGCCCUUCCAAAGUUCAAACAAGUUUCACUGUGAAAAUGAAUAAGUUUGAUGCUGCCAAGAAGGUUGCUGUGAUCAAAGAAGUCAAGGCGCUACUUGAAGGCUACAAUCUUGUACAGGCAAAGAAGUUUGUUGAGAGCUGUCCUGUUAUAGUGAAAGCUGACAUUCCCAAAGAUGAAGCUGAAAAACUAGCAGAAGCUCUAAAUGCUGCGGGUGCUGAUUGUGUUGUAGAAUAAAGAUUAUGUUCAUAUUUAUAGUAAGUUUGUGAAUUUGCAUAUGUUAAUGUACAUAGAUUAUUUGGAGACUUUUUUUUUUUACUUGCUGUUGAUAAAGUAUUUGCAGUAGAGAACAUUUUUUUAAAAUGUAAUUAUGAA